AUGUUCUUUCAAAUUCUUUUCGUUUUUGCAUCUACGUCAAAAUCUUUGACGACAUACUAUAUCGUAAUUAUUCCUGAAAUAUCCACGUACCGAAUAGGAAUUGUGAUAUUUGAUAAGCAUGAUUAUACUGAUAUUUCACCCAUACAAAACCUCAAAUUAUGGAGAAGAGAGUUGAUGGAAGUACAAUGGGACCAAAUUUUGAGAUUAAUUGAAGAUGUCACAUGUACUGUUGAACAUACAUGGCAACUGGAAGGAAAUUUAUUAAGAAAUCAAUUUGUGAUCGCAGGUUUGACAGAUGACGGCGUGGAUAAAUUGGCGUUCGUACUUUACAGAGAAGAAGAUAUUAUUUACAAUGAAAAAAUAGAUCCCAUUGCACGCAAAAUAGAGUUAUCACGUAAAAUAGGACGUAAAGUGGUUGGUCAAUUGGUUGGUACUGCGGUUAGUCCAUCAUGGUGGUCUUGCAUGUGGUUGAACGAGGGUAUUGCUACGUUGUUCGGCGUGUAUAUAAUAAAUCAGGUAUUUUUUCAUGUGUGUGAUAAUACUUUCAAAGAAAACUGAAUAUAAGUUUUAUUUGAAAACACACGAGGAGAGAAAGAAUAUUUUUCCAAUAUUUUCAAUGAUAUUUAAGUUGAACGAAAAGAAUUUUGUCGCAUUCAUGUGAAAUCGUUUAUAAAAUUUUUAU